UUUGUAUGUAUAGGUCUAAUUAAAAAUGAACUGGUCAGCUUUUUCAUUUGUAACACAUUCACACAUAGUGUUGAUGAAUAUAUGCAGUUGUUACUGUAAUCUAAAUGUGGACGACAUUCAUUUACUUUUUACAAGGCCAAGUCCAACUAAAACACUACUUGUGCAAGACACCGAUUUUUAACGAGUUACCUAAAUAGACUUUACUACAAUAUGUUAUUAAACAAUUUUCAAUCUGAAAUCGCGUGUUCAUGUGGAGGAGCGUUAAAAAGUGACGUUGUGCCGUCGGACCGGAGUUAUAAUAAUGUUAUACAACUUUGCAAAGAGCUGUGGGGUCUGCCCACUUCAUGUCACGAUGAUGAAGACUGAUGCUGAGAUGUGUGGACUGCCUUCCCCCACAGACAGACAGAGCGAUGAAACAAAUCAACGCGCCUAUAAAUAGAACCUUAUUGUCAUUCUGACUGCUGUUAUCUGACUGCCAGAGCAGAGACGGACCCGCUCAUCAUCCAUUGCAGAAGAAAUACACUUUUUAUUCUUUCAUUCCACACACUCUUCACAGUAAACAUGCCUAGCAAGAGAAAGAAGAACAAGCGCCGAAUGAGAAAAGUGCAGGCCCAGAGAAAGGCUUUGGAGGAGAGGUUUGUCUCCUCUGGAAAGGGAACCCCAGGAGUGUGUGCUGUCCCUGCCCCAGUUCCUGCACAAGUUCCAGUUUCUAAAAUCUCAGAGUGUCCCAUUGCGGUUCCAAUUCCCCUGGCAAUGAUUGCUCCCAUUGACGUUCCUGCUGAAGUUCCUCCUGCAGAACCAGUAAUGGUAGAAGCCCCAGUCACGGAUGCCAUCAAAGACGAAAUGAUGAAAGCUGCAGAGGACCUAAGACAAACCCCAGUGGAACCCUCUGCAAAAGAGCUAGAUUCGACUGAGGAAGGUGACAGUGUUGCCAUUCCAGUAUCAGAGGUCACAUCAUCUAUAGAUGAGCCGGUGUCAAUCCCUGCAGAAUCUGAGACGCAUGUUGUAGCUCAGCCUGUUGAGACGGCUGGCACUGAGUGUGAAGGUGAGCUUCCUGCUGAGGAUCCUGUGGUAGAGGUACCAGUGCCAGAGGAGAUGGUGACUACAGCUGAAACUGUUGCUGAAGUUGAAACUGUGACAGAAACAGUAGUAACUGAAGUUGAGCCUGUUGCUGACGCCGCAUUGGAAGUUGUUGGGGUCGUGGGAGAGCCUGACUUUGAAGCCGAAGCCAUAACUGUUGAAAAAGAGCCUUCUGAAGUCCACAAAGUUGCAGAAGUCACGGAGGAUGUACAUGAAGAGCAUGAACCAGGAAAGUUUCCAGUGGAAGCUGCAGUACCUACAGAAGCUUUAGUGGAACCAGUGCCUGAGCAGCAGCAGCCGGUCCUACUGGAGGAACCCACGCCUUCAGUUGAGUCCACUAGUGACCCCAUCACUGGAGAAUUUGUUGAUACUAAGACAGUAGCUGUUGACACAACUGCUGCGGAGGAACAGAUUCCUGAAACAGCAACAGAUGCCUCCGAGGUUCAGUCAGAGACACUGUCAGAAACAAUUUCUGCUCCCGAGCCACUGUCUGUGCCUGUUGCAAAGGAUAUUAUGCAAGCUCAAGAUGAAUUAAUGGCACAAAUAGAAACUGAAACUAUGAAGGUCUUGGCAGUGGCUGGUGGCCUAACUGUGGAUGCCAUAAAUGGAUGUCUGGGAGCUACCGAAGUUGCAAUUGAAGGUUAAAGUGCCUGUGUUUCAUAUGAUAUAAAGGGAUGACUGAAACAUGAAACAUUGCAGAAAGUGCCUUUCUGUGCUGAUUCUCACCUAAACUAUGACAAGGAUGUGUGCCUGUUCUUCGCUAGUGAAGUUUUUCUGAGAUUUUCUGAAUUUACUUCAGUUUCCAUAUGCAUGUACGGUAGAUCUGAUGGUGUUAAACAUUGCAUAUGUAGUAAAGUAAAAUGGAGGGCUGCAAAUGUAUUUGUUUUUACUUGGACCAUUUUGUAAUGUGGAAUGAAUACUUGUUGUAUUUGAUAAAAUUAUUUGGAGUGGAGUGUUUCAGAGCACAAUUUCAUACUAUACCAUCACCAGAUCUUCUGUGUCCCCCUCAACCAUCCACAUGUGCCUUUUUCCAAAUUAUAAAUAAAGGAAGUUUGAGGAUAA